CCUGUAAUAGGAACACAGCUAAAUAAACAUAUGUACUUUGAACCUCAUCUUCAUAGUUUGAUAUAUGUCUAUGAGCAGACUCUUAGUGAAACCUUCUGAAGUAACACGCAGCAACACAACUCAGAAAUAUGGAGGUGUAAUCGAUCUUAAUAAGUUACAAGGACCACUAGUAUUGCCACCAAGAGGAAAUGCCAUAAGGUAACCUAAGGCAAUUUGUGAAAGAAUUCUGUGUCUACAAGUAGACCAGCCCACGAGUCAAGUCACAAUAAAGGUAACUCAUAUUCAGUGGAAGACUUGAGAAAAGGAGACUCCUGGAGAAAACUCCUAGUGUUGAAUGAUACAAGCUCAAGAAAAAUGAGGUGUGAGACCGAAGAAACCCAAUUCGUGGAACAACCAACAUGCAACCAUAUACAUCUGGCAAGAAGAACAAAUAACCAUGUGAACAUCUCAAAGUCUCUAAAAACCAAAUUAAGAAACAGUUGCACUUGUAGUGCUAAAAAAGCCAAAAAGACCUUUACAGGCUUCUUUCCUGUAAUCCGAUGGCUUCCAAAAUACGACUUCAAGGAAAAUACAUGGGGAGAUGUAAUGUCAGGUUUAAUUAUAGGCAUCAUAUUGGUACCUCAGGCUAUUGCUUAUUCCCUCUUAGCAGGUCUGAAGCCCAUCUACAGCUUGUACACAUCCUUCUUUGCCAACUUAAUUUAUUUCAUAAUGGGGACCUCUCGACACGUGUCUGUGGGUAUUUUCAGCUUACUCAGCUUGAUGGUUGGGCAGGUUGUUGAUAGAGAAGUGCAGCUUGCAGGUUUUGACCUGGAUGAUGAUGUUUUCAAGGAUAUCAAAGAUGGAAAUGCAACAGAUUUUAUCAUGAACAUUACAACGGUCAACAUUUCUCUUGGCCCUUUGAACAUGGAAUGUGGAAAGGAAUGCUACGCCAUCAGUGUUGCAGCAGCACUUACACUUACGGCUGGAAUAUACCAGCUUCUCAUGGGCAUAUUCCGCCUAGGAUUUCUGUCUAUAUAUUUAUCAGAGCCCAUGCUGGAUGGAUUUGCUACAGGUGCUUCACUUACAAUUUUAACAGCCCAAGUGAAAUAUCUUUUGGGAAUAAAGAUCCCCCGGAGCCCAGGUAUAGGAAUGCUGGUGACAACUUGGAUUAAUAUAUUUAGAAAUAUUCAGACUACAAAUAUCUGCGAUGUGGUGACAAGUGCAAUAUGCAUUGCUGUAUUAGUUGCUGCCAAAGAACUGGGAGACCGCUACAAAGACAAGAUUAAGAUCCCUCUUCCAACAGAACUGGUUGUGAUUGUAGUGGCUACACUUGUAUCGCACUACUGCAACCUAAAUGAGGUAUACGGCUCAAGUGUCUCUGGGGUCAUUCCGACAGGGUUCAUACCACCAAAAGUGCCCGAUUUUGGACUCAUGGGUAAAAUUGCUGUGGAUGCUAUUCCUCUUGCAGUUGUCAGCUUUGCAUUCACCAUUUCUUUGUCCGAAAUGUUUGCUAAGAAGUAUGCGUACACUGUGAAAGCCAACCAGGAGAUGUUUGCCAUUGGAUUUUGCAAUAUUAUUCCAUCAUUCUUCCAUUGUUUUGCUACUAGUGCUGCCCUAGCCAAGACUCUAGUGAAAACCUCAACGGGAUGCAAGACACAGGCUUCCAGUGUUGUGAGCGCAGUUGUGGUGCUCUUGGUCCUACUCUUCUUUGCACCAUUAUUUUACUCCUUACAAAAAUGUGUCUUGGCCUGUAUAAUAAUUGUGAGUUUAAGAGGGGCUCUCAGGAAAUUUAAAGACUUGCCAGCUCUAUGGCGCUUGAACAAAGUAGAUGCAGUGGUCUGGAGCGCCACUGUGUGUUCUUCUGCACUGAUCAGUACAGAAAUAGGCCUCAUGGUAGGAGUAGUCUUUUCCAUGCUAUGCCUUAUUGUUCGCACUCAGGUACCUCACACGGCUAUGCUUAGUCACAUACAAGACACUGUCUUUUAUGAGGACGGUGACAGAUAUGAAAACCUUCUCCCUAUUCCCAAAACCAAGAUAUUCCGUUUUGAAUGUCCUCUCCACUAUGCAAACAAAGACUAUUUCCAGAAGGCUCUGUUCAAAAAAGUAGGUAUGGAUCCCAGCCUUGAAAUAAUUCGACGGAAAAAAAUGGAGAAAAAACUUAACAAGGCACAGAAAGGAAAAAAACAAGGAGAACACGUGAAAAACUCAGAUAACCAUGAUAUCCACAUAGAACUUUUAAAUAAGAAAAAUGACUUUAAAACUAUUAUAUUGGACUGUUCUUCCAUAGCAUUUGUAGAUAUGUCUGGUAUCAACACUCUAAAGGCAGUACUGAAAGAUUACAAAGAGGUUCAAAUCAGCAUCCUCUUGGCCUGUUGUAAUACAUCAGUCAUCGAUGCCCUACGCAGGGCAGAUUACUUUGGAAAAGAAGACAAGGAUAUCAAGAACAUGCUCUUUUAUAGUAUACAUGAUGCUGUUCAGUUUGCCAGAGAGAAAGAGUUGGCAGCAACAGACUCUACUGUAUAGCUGUAGAUGAACUGGGGAUCACUGUUUGGCCAAGGCCAAAUUCAACGUAAAUUCAGUAAAAAAACAAUAUUUGACGUU